AUGACACAACCUGUACUUUCAGGGAGACUGGCUAAAUGGGCUCUCCUCUUGUCAGAGUUUGACAUCACCUAUGUCCUACAGAAGGUUGUGAAAGGACAGACACUAGUAGACUUUCUUGCAGAUCACCCUAUUCCAGCAGAUUGGGAAUUCUCCGAAGACCUUCCUAAUGAAGAGGUUUUCUACAUAAACAUCUUACUAGCAUGGGUGAUAUUUUUUGAUGGAGCAGCAUGCAAAGAUGGUGCCAAUGCUGGUGUUGUAUUUGUCUUGCCACAAAGAGAAAUCCUCACAUACUCAUUUGUCUUAACUAAGCUUUUCUCUAACAACAUGGCGGAGUACCAAGCUUUAAUCAUUGGCUUACAAAUGGCUCUUAACUUGGAAAUCCACUACCUCACAAUCUAUGGGGGUUCGAAUUUUGUAAUCAACCAAUUGAAGACAGAGUAUGAGGUGCAUAAGGAUGACUUAGUUCCCUAUCACCAUUAUGCAAUCCAAUUACUGAAGGAGUUUGAGAAUGGUACCAUUGAACAUGUACCCAGAAGCGAAAAUAAGCAAGCAGAUGCCCUUGCCAAUCUAGUGGUAGUCUUACCACUCACAGGUGAUGAAGCAACAACAAUAUCCGUUUGUGCAAAAUGGGUUCUCCCCCCUAAGUUACCUCAAGAAGAGAUAGAGCAAAAAGCAAUGUGGCUUCUGUGUUCACUAUAG